AUGACUGACCGUUAUAGUUUCUCUUUAACGACUUUUUCACCGUCGGGAAAACUUGUUCAAAUUGAAUAUGCAUUAAAUGCUGUUGCUCAAGGUGUAACGAGCAUCGGCAUCAAAGUUAUAUCACUAGCAACCAACGGUAUUGUUAUCGCAACCGAGAAGAAAAGUGCGUCACCACUUAUCGAUGAUUCUUCUCUUGAAAAAGUUGCAAGUGUUUGCCCAAAUAUUGGAAUGGUUUAUUCUGGAAUGGGCCCUGAUUUUAGGAUCUUAUUAUCUAAAGCAAGAAAGGCAGCACAAAAAUAUAAAAGAAUAUAUAAUGAAUAUCCUCCAACAGGAAUUUUAGUAAAAGAAGUUGCCAGUGUUAUGCAAGAAUUCACUCAGAGUGGAGGUGUUCGUCCAUUUGGUGUUUCCCUUUUAAUUGCUGGUUAUGAUGAAACUGGUCCAGCAUUAUAUCAAGUUGAUCCUUCAGGAUCAUAUUGGGCAUGGAAGGCAUCUGCAAUUGGGAAGAAUAUGAUUAAUGCCAAAACGUUUCUGGAAAAACGAUAUAAUGAUGAUAUUGAACUUGAAGAUGCUGUUCAUACUUCAAUUCUUACUCUUAAAGAGGGUUUUGAAGGACAAAUGACUGAAAAUUCAAUUGAGAUUGGUAUCAUUGGUGGCACUGCAACAGGAUUUACAGAAGGAAAGGAAAGACCCUUAUUUAGAAAGUUGAGUCCUUCGGAAGUUCGAGACUAUUUGACCUAG